AUGGUUGACGAGUGUACUCGGCUAAUUCCGAAUGGAAUGAUGUCCGCGGGAAGGGGAGAUUUAAAUUUAAAUAGUUGUGGCGAGCGCCAGCAGCUAUUGUAUAUCUAUCUAACACAGGUCGAUCCUUUAGUGAAGAUUCUGCAUCGUCCAUCCAUUCAGGCGCAUCUGUUGGAAGGAGAAUGCUACCUGCACUACGAGCCCUGGCAUCCGGCGCCUGCAGCUCUCGCAUCUGCCAUAUACUACGCUGCCAGCUGUACUGUCAACCAAGAUACAUGUCUCUCCUGCUUUGGAAUGGAUAAAGUGUCCCUAAUUUCAAAAUAUCAGAAGGAGUCGACUGCAGCUCUCGAACGAGCGGACUACCUGUUGACGGAUGAUCUAACUGUCCUCCAAGCCUUUGUGAUAUCUUUGGUAAGUGUGAAGGAUGUUGAUCUGGUUGUCUUACUUGCUGAAUGA